UCUAUGUAACAUUGCAUUAGUACCUAUUGUUAUCGCGAGCAAACGUCAAAGCCGAAAGCGCAUCAGUCCCGUCUCGUCGCGCGAACGAGUCUUGUCGUUGUCGUCCGGCUUCUAGCGCGUCACUAUAAAUUAUUUUCCUCGUUCGUCGUCUGUACGUGAUAAUUAUAAUAAUAUAUCCGCAUACGUAUUACCGUGGCAAUUAAUUUACCGUUUUUUGAUAUCCACAUAAUCACCGUUUAAUCCACCAACACGAGCUGCAGCGAAAUGCAGUCCAAAGCGCGUCUGCUCGAAGAUGAAUUUUCCGAACGUGGAAAAAUUCCUGGCGUUCGAUACCUGCAGAGUUUUUUAUUGUUUCUAUGCCUUUUCGCAGCUUACCUGUUGCGAGUUAGCAUAUCCGUCGCAAUAGUAGCUAUGACGCCUGACAAGAAUUCUACUGACUUCCUACUCGAAACGCAUUACCACAUUCCUGUAUUCAAUUGGACACAACAUACGAAGAGUUUGAUCCUAAGCGCAUUCUUUUGGGGCUAUCUCAUCAUGAACCUGCCAGCAGCCAUGAUCGGUCGCCGAUACAACAAUCAAAUGCUAUUGGCCAUGAGUAUGACGUUGACUGUAGCUCUCAGUCUAGCCACGCCAUCAUUAGUGGUCGCUUUCAAUUGGCCGGUGCUUGUACUUAUUCGGUUCUUGCAGGGCCUUACUCAGGCGUUCACCAUGCCAAUGAUACAUGGUAUCAGCGCCAAGUGGGCGCCACCGAAUGAACGUGGUCGUCUCGUUGGAUUUGUAUUGGGAGGUCUUCAAUUUGGCACUGUUGUCACUUUAGUUGGUUCUGGAAUACUGGCCAGUACUCGAUCGGGAUGGCCCUCAAUUUAUUACUUCAGCGGCGCUUUUGGAAUUUUUUGGGUAAUAUUAUGGCUAUUACUUGGGUCAGAAAGCCCAGAUACACAUCGUCUAAUUACGCAAUCUGAGAAAAACUACAUUAAGUCAUCACUAACCCAAACGGUGUCGGAAAAAAAGAACUUGAUAACUCCUUGGAAAGAGAUAUUCUCUUCAAUGCCAGUAUGGGCUGUUACGAUCUCACACGCUGGUCACAAUUGUGGAUUUUGGUUGCUGCUUAGUGAAAUGCCCACGUUUAUAAGUGCUGUACUAAAGUUCGACAUUAAAUCGGAUGGACUUGUAUCUGCAUUACCUUACUUGGCUAUGUGGCUGUGUCAGUUUCCAGUUACAUAUUUUGCCGAUUAUAUGAACAAAAAAAAUGUGACUUCUCUCACCUUUUCGCGUAAAUUUUGGAAUACCUUGGGGAUGAGCGGCGGUGCGUUGGGUCUUGUGGUCCUUGGCUACAUGGGUGAAGAUGCAAACGCAGCCAUAUGUAUGUACGUGUUCGUAGUAGCCAUCGGCUGCUGUACAAAUGUGGGUUUCAACAUUAAUCACCUCGAUUUGGCACCCAAUUAUGCCGGGAUUUUGAUGGGCUUCACGAACGCCGUGGCCGCUCUGGGCGGUGUGAUGGCACCCACCGUCUGCGGGUUCAUAGUACACGAUCAAACUUCGGUAGACGAGUGGAGGGUCGUGUUCACGCUGGGAGCCGUCAUACUGUUCUUCUCCAGUAUUUUUUAUAUCAUUUUCGGAUCUGCGGAGGUACAGCCGUGGAAUGAACCUAAAAAUGAAAGCGUCGGUGUUCGAAGUUUCAUGCAGAUGAAAACGGAUUACGGUACCUCUGAAAAAUAUACGCCGUCUUCAUCACCAUCGUCGUUUGUUAAAGUCACGUCAAAGUAUACCAUGUUUGUACGACAAUAACCAAACACAUUUUUUAUGGUGAAUAACGUCGCGUUGUUGAUAACUCUUUUUCAAAAACAAUAAUCGACAUUAAGUUUUAUACAUCCUGUUGUUAUAUUUUGGUUUAUUAAAGAUUUAUGAUUUGUUAUAUUUUUGAUAGUAUUUUACGACUGUGCAGUUUCUCUAAUAAGAUAACUAUCCUGCAAAACAUCUUACUAUAUAGGUAUUAUUGUUAUUUAUUUAUAUGAGAAAUAUAAUAUCUAUUUAUUUUUGUAUAUAGUUAAAUGAGAAAAAUUCAAAAAUAUAAUAUAUUUUUAGAUAUCAGGUUUGUCAAACUUAACUACUCGUAUUAUUUAGAUGUAAAUGUAAGAUUUUUUUUUAUUAUUAUUUAGAAGUACUAUAUGUAUACCAAGUUAAAAACUUUGUAUAAAAACUUAAACAUUGUAAUGGACCAUACCUAUAUAUUAUACCUACAAAACAUUUCAUGGAGUAUUAUAAAUGUAUAAGCAUUUGAAUUGUUGAGGUCGUAGAAAGUUUUAAAGGUGUACAUUUCAAUAAUUAUAAUUUAUUAAAAAGUCCUUUGCACUUCACUAUUUAAUAACAUCUUAUACAACCAACAUUGAGUAUGAUUUACAAAUUAUAUGUAUUAUAUUAUA